AAGAUGAGUAGCUCUGAAGAGGUUUCCUGGAUUUCCUGGUUCUGUGGCUUGCGUGGCAAUGAGUUCUUCUGCGAGGUGGAUGAGGACUACAUCCAAGACAAGUUCAACUUAACUGGUCUCAAUGAGCAAGUUCCCCACUAUCGUCAAGCUUUGGAUAUGAUUCUUGACUUGGAACCUGGUGAGUUGUCACAGCCUUUCUUCUUUUUAGGCUUAUCUGAUAUCCCAGGUGAAGCUAUGGUCAAACUGUACUGCCCUAAGUGCAUGGAUGUCUAUACCCCCAAGUCUUCCCGCCACCAUCAUACAGAUGGGGCCUAUUUUGGGACUGGCUUCCCUCACAUGUUGUUCAUGGUGCACCCCGAGUAUCGGCCGAAGCGGCCAGCCAACCAGUUUGUGCCCAGACUCUAUGGAUUCAAGAUCCACCCUAUGGCUUACCAGCUGCAGCUUCAGGCCGCCAGCAAUUUUAAGAGCCCAGUCAAAACUAUCCGUUGAUCUUCUCCAUCCAGUUGCCCAGAGUCCUGCUGUGAUAAUCCCCCCUUUAAUCCAGUCAGGGCUGCUUAUACUUUGAUUUUGGGUGAUGUCCACGGUGGACUGUUUUUGUCGCCCUCCAGCCUGAUUUUUAGUCUCAUUUCUGGUGUGUGAUUUAAAUUAAUAAUCAACUAUUUCUGUUAUUUCCCCAAAACACAGACUGUGACACACAAAUACAGUAACCAACUCGAUUGUCA